GGCCGAUAAAACCUCAUUUGCAUUACGCACCCGUAGCACUGGUAUACUUAUAUCGCACACAACAUAUCACCACUUCAAACUCGAAAAACCACCCACUACUCUCAACCAGCAUACUCUCAUAUUCCGAUUUCAAUUUCAACAUGUCCACUCCUACUAUCUUCUUCCUUGGUGCUACAGGCUACCUUGGUUCUGAGUUCUUGAUCCUCCUCAAUCGCGACUUUCCUCAAUACCACGUCGUCGCCCUCGUCCGAUCCUCUUCUCUCUCUCGCGUCCCUCGCUUGAAGGAGAUUUAUCCGAACUUAUCGGUCGUCGAAGGCUCGCUCGACGAUGAUGCCGUUAUCCAGGAACAAGUCGCGAAAGCCGACAUUAUCAUCAAUAGCGCAAGUUCUGAUCAUCUCCCCAGCGUAAAAUCAACACUCGCGGGACUGGAGAAAGGAUCCGCAAGUAAACCUGGGAAGCCUCCUUUGUACAUUCACGUAUCGGGCUGCGGCAUCAUCAGUGACGACGCUCGUGGAGAACCCGUCGAAAACGUUAAAGAAUGGUCUGACAUCGGAUUGGAUCUGAAAGAUUGCCCAUCUACGAAUACGCAUUUAGAGUCUGAUAUUCCUAUCGUCGAAGCGGGUACGCGUAAGGAAAAUCCCGUUCGCACGAUUAUCCUCUACCCUGGCCAGAUCUAUGGCGUUGGACGAGGUGUCCAGAGAAACACCUUAUGGUUGCGUAUCUUCUUUGAUAUGACCAAGAAGCUCGGUUACAUGGGAACCUGGGGUCCUGGAGCAAAUUCGAUGAACAAUGUUCACGUUAUAGAUGUGGCUUCGGCUUUACUCCUCCUAUUCAAAUCUGCACUCGAGGGCAAGGCUGAGGAGGGUAAAGACGGUAUCUACUUCUGUGGAAGCAUGCAACCAAAGAUCUCAUACCACGACUGGACCGAAAAGAUGGGAGACUACUUAUUCAACAAAGGAAUCUUGAAGCAAGGUGGUACUCGUCCCAUGCCAGCAGAGGUUGUCGAGCCUCUGGGCCACUACGGUUGGUCGCUGUUGGGUGGCAAUCAGUUCGCUAAACCACAGCGACUCGCACGACUUGGGUGGGAACCUACAGAGACGGCCAAACUCUCCCUUAUGGACUCGUUCCCAGACGCAAUUGAAGCGUUGUUGGAGGACCUCAAUUAAGAGGCUCAAUCGGUGAUAGGCUUAACGAGGAUUAGAUUAAUAUUGUGUAGUAAAUGGAAAUGACUACUGUAAUCGAAUGUUUUCUUUU